UAAGGACGGAGGACUUCUGCGGAACCCAGGUGAGAAAGGCCCACCUGAGUCUUGGGUGAGUGUCUCCCCGGGUUCUUUGGGGCCAGAGGAAUCUUGAAACCAUGUAUCACCCACAUAUGCUUUGAGACAUUCUUUAGAUUUCUUCCUGGAAGCCCUACAACUACCCUAAAAUUGAAUGUAUUGUAGAACAGACGUAUGGCCAAUGGUGGCAGAGUCUGCAUAGAACUAUGCUUCGUGGUGUUCUGGGAAAAACCUUCCGACUUGUUGGCUAUACUAUUCAGUAUGGCUGUAUAGCCCAUUGUGCUUUUGAAUACGUUGGUGGUGUUGUAAUGUGUUCUGGACCAUCAAUGGAGCCAACAAUUCAAAAUUCAGAUAUUGUCUUUGCAGAAAAUGUUAGCCGACAUUUUUAUGGUAUCCAAAGAGGUGACAUUGUGAUUGCAAAAAGCCCGAGUGAUCCAAAAUCAAAUAUUUGUAAAAGAGUAAUUGGUUUGGAAGGAGACAAAAUCCUCACCACUAGUCCAUCAGAUUUCUUUAAAAGCCAUAUUUAUGUGCCAACAGGUCAUGUUUGGUUAGAAGGUGAUAAUUUACAGAAUUCUACAGAUUCCAGGUAUUAUGGACCUAUUCCAUAUGGACUUAUAAGAGGACGAAUCUUCUUUAAGAUCUGGCCUCUGAGUGAUUUUGGAUUUCUACGAGACAGCCCAAAUGGCCACAGAUUUUCUGAUGAUUAGCAAGCAUUAUUACUUUUAACUUGAUUAUUGUUUCCUGUUCAAGUGAAUUUAUUACUGCAGUUGAAACCAUGUACUUAACCAAUAAACUAUUUGCUGUUCAGUUUUAGUUAUUUGUUAAAUGUAAAGAAAAGCAAUCCAUUCUGCAAACUCUUGUUCAAAAUAUUUUUGUGUAAAAAUAAGUAUAACCCAAGAUCAGUGUUUCAUCUAAAUUUUAUGUUAUAUAUAAAAUAUUUGCAGGGGGACCUGAAUGACUAUACUUCACUUGCAAAUUUUUUGUCUUAUAUAAGUGAAAAUAAUCUACUCUUCUUGAAAGUGCCUUAUACUUCAGCUAUAGUAACUAUUCUUAUUUAUAAAAUAAGUUUAAUCUGCAACAUUAGAAGUUCAUUCUAAGUAAAAAGCUUCUAAGUUAUAUGCUUGACUCACUCCUUUGAA